GUGGGGUGGUCUGGGCGGGGGUAGGGAGCCCCGGACAGGCGGUAGCGGGUGCCGCAGCAUUGGGUGGGUCAGACUUCGAAGGAGUAGACAUUCCAUCCGUUUGCUCCCGUGUCCCGCAACCAAAUUGCACACGUUUUCCUAAGUUUUAAUUUAACGAUAGUGUACGUCACAGCCAGUGAGUGUAAAUGUCAUGCUUCUCAAUGUGUACUACAAAACCUUAUUUUACAUGGUAUUGGUAAAAGCCCAGCCUCCUCAGUGAGGUCGUAGACCAAUAUGGAGGUGGCCAUGCCCAUGACGGGUUCCGCCAUGGAUUGUUACGAAGAUAUGUUUAAAGAGAUAACAAGAAAACUUUACGGUGAAGAUGGUUUACCUGAACUAACCAACGACCGAUUAACAACAUCAAGUCAGGACCGUGGUUUGACGCCAAUUGACUAUGAUGUGGAUACUCCUAUUUUGAAGCCGGAAGAACACCUGACAGCAUUCGGUUUAGCAGCCCUGAUGCAAAAUGGCUUCCCCCCAACCGGAAUCUUGAAUCCGAACUUUCAAAGUCACAAAUCAUCUGUACCAAGCGGAAUAGGCAUUAAUUCAGGUUUGGAAGAUAAAUGGGUGACAAACGAUGAUACAUUGCAGUGGACUCAAUCCAAGAUUGCUACGUACAAUCCCAUACAAAAGUUAUUCAGGUGCGUUGAAUGUGAUUGUGUGGGGUACCUUCCUAGAGUGGCCGAACAUUGGUUGGGUACCCAUUCGAACUUAAGAGCAUUUCACUGUUCCCAAUGUCCCUAUGAAAGUGCUUGGGCGCGAUGUGUCAGGAUGCACUUAAGUCGACAGCACAACAUAAAUACAGAUGAAUCUUGUGAUAUUUUAACGAAAAAUAAUCCGGUACUAAAAGAAAUAAAUAACUAUUUACAAAGGCUAAAGAACAAAUUAGAGUCAAAUUGCAUAAAACAACAAAGUAACACCCAAGUUGUGGACGAAUUUCAAACGGUGAACUCCUCAAACUUGCAUUUGUCAAAUGUCCAAGGAAGUUCACCAACAACCACUGAACAAACGAAUAAUACCAACAAAAGAUACAGUUGUACGUACUGUCCUUAUGCAACUGACAGAAGAGAUCUGUUUACCAGGCACGAAAAUAUUCACAGAGAAGAAAAGCCAUUCCAGUGUUACGUUUGUCAAAAACAAUUCAACCGUGCCGACCACGUUAAGAAACAUUUCUUAAGGAUGCACAGGGAGCAUCCCUACGACCUCAACAGAAUCAGACGACAUCCACCUAAAAAUGCAUCCGGCAUGUCUUACUACCAAAAAUAUAACUCAACACAAGCAAAUCCAGCCGAAAGUCUUAACACAUUGAACUCCUUAUCCAUUCCAAAUGGAUUCAACAAUUUAACCAGAACCCAACCGACAAGCACACGAGUGACCAACGACAUAAAAACAAGCACCGGUAAAACGGGAACAAUAACUAAAAGCAACGGGAAAAAGAAGGGGGAGAAGAGAUUCACUUGUUGUUAUUGUUCCUGGUCGGGUGUUGACAACUGGUGUCUAAAAAGACACAUGAAUACGCAUUUGAAACCAUUCGUUUGUGGACUCUGCGAUUACAAAGCGGCAAGAUCGGAAAGGCUCGCCACGCAUGUCCUGAAAGUUCACAACAAGAGGGCUUGUGGUAAAUGCAGUUUUCUAGCGGAUGAUCUCACUCAACUGACCAGUCACCAACAAGAACAUCAUCCACUGGAACAAAGAAACCGUUCCAGUGGCAGUAACGUCCUUCGUACAACAAGUUUUAACAAUACGUCGUCGUCAACAAAUCAAAAUCCAACCGCUUCAAACAGUGGAGUGUGUAGUUCUAAUACAUCGACGCUGAAAUCUCAUGAUUUAAGUGCCGCCGCUGCACUGAUACAACAACACAGCAAUCGAUUUCUCCAAACUGAUUCAAAGCCAUGGAAGAGUCAUACACCGAAGCAACACGGAGCAGCAAGACUGUUUAACUACAUGGAGGCCAGUGACGGUUCCGAACCGGAAUCAGAUUCGCGGGGUGCUGACGACAUGAGUCGAAUUAACUUAAGCCAUAGGAUUCAGUCGGAUUUUCAUGAAGCGGGAGAUGUUGGUAGCCAGGUGGACGAAGAAAAUUGUGACGAAAUGGAACUUCCACUAUUCUUCUGUUCAACAUGUGGUUGCGAAUUUGAAGAUGAUAUGUCGUUGGAAACACAUCAGUUUACGCAUCGCCACAAUGCCACAUCUCCCGAUUCAAAAGAAAAUGUCGAUCCAGAUAAGAAAUACAAAUGUUGUAUAUGUGAUGCGCAUUUUGAUAAUCAAUCUGCAAUUAUGACUCAUAUGUUGGCUCACUCCAGUUUGGCGACCAAACCGAUAUACAAUAAUGUCUCUAGUAAUUCAAAAAGCCGGAGAAAGCAGAGUCGACCUAAAAAGAUUGUGUUACCGUUUUGGGAUUCAGAUGAAGUAGAAGUAUUACGACACUUAAACGGCAAACUCCGCAAAUGGAAAAGUGCCCUUUCAAAUACAAAAGGAAACUGUAGAAAGUUGGUAGAUAAAUAUAUGGCACAGCUGGUAACUAGACGUGGACUUAUUUGUAUUUACUGUAAAAACAAUGGUUUGAGUCGUUACCAUACAAGAGGUAGUCUAGCUUUACAUUAUUUUUGGAGGCAUGCUAAAAAGAGGUUCAAGUGUGAACACUGCUCCAUGCAAUUUCGACAUAGAUAUCAGUGCGUUCUACACAGUAGUCGUGUUCACACCGAUCAAAGUCAAACGUCUACAUCUGUGCCUACCAUGACAAACAAAGAACCAACCCCAUUAGUACAUACAGACUCGGCAUGUUCUUCGCAAGACACUAACCCCUAUUUCUCGAAUCCUCAAACAGUACCUGAUACUUCUGCUAAUACUCACAAGUUAGGCAUGUCUUUCUUCGAUCAUUCAUUCAUUCAUUCUCCAAACGUGUUGAACAAUCACAUGCCAAUUAUUAUUCCAACUUUUCCACCAAACUAAUCUAAAUGCGCAGUCCAAAAAUUCUAUUAACUCAAAUGUAUAUUUUUUUAAUGUGAUGUUACAACAAAUAAAUCAAAAUUGUUUCAUUAAUUCACACAAUUGCUUGUAAAACAAGUUCAGUAUCGGGGCAAAUUUUGUUAAAUGGUUUUGGUUUUCUUUCUUAGUUUCUUCCAUGUGGUCUUCCCCUAAAGAACUGGCUUCCGUUAAUUUCAUACUUGUUUUUUAAUGCAAAUGUUUAUUAAACUUAAAAAAUUGCCCUGAUAUUUUACACAUUGUAUCAAUUUUAUAUCUAUAUACAUGUUUGUCGACAAUUGUUCGUAUGGCUACCUGGUACACAUUUCGCAUUUUAUUUAUAUUUUAUGGACACUAAAAUAGAUUUUUAGAGGAAUAUAUGCCUAAGAUUAAUGUAUUGUAUCCGGAGAGAUACAAUGAAGAAGUGUCCUUCAAAAUUUUUUCUUUAUGAGCUUUUACAAUAAAUAUUUCCAAACCUAUCAAAAAAUGCCACUAAAAAGAUGGAAUACGGUGGUAUCGAUAUUUUUAUUAAAGUAUAUAGUAUAAAAAUAUUUUAGGAAAAACUUGUGUGCAAUAUAUUGUUUAUUUAUUUUUAAUUAUAUCAAAGACUGCAAUAUUGUUAUUUUAUAUGUUUUUGAUGUUAUUGUUUAGUUAAGUGUUAUUUUUUAUUAUUAUUGAUGUAACGUACUGUGUUUGUAUUAUUCAAAACAAAAUUAAAUAAACAUGAGGUAAAUUUAA